AAUGAGUGAACGUCUACCGUAAUUUUUGAUCUCUGAAUGAAGCUUUACCCAAUGAGAAAGGAAAAUGUGCGGUAUUUGUUGUGUAUUAUCAACCUCACCACAGGCCAGUACAUCACUGCACUCUAAGCUGCUGUCCAAUUUAAAGAAGAGAGGACCCGAUUUAUCAGGAGCAAUAGAAAAUAGAGUGCUUUGUCUUCAGCCUGUGCACAAACCAAGAUGUAGUAACUCACCGGUAGAUCAACCUCUCUGUGAUGAUGGUGAUGUUGAGAGACAAAGUUGUAAAGGACAUUUGGAGCUGAACUCAUUGGAGCAUAAUGAACAUGAUAAAGCUAAGGGUUGGACUACUGAAGGAAAGGAGAAGGAAAAUGACUUGAUAGAAAUAAAGAAGAAUGGUGCAACAGUUCAGGAUGGUAGUGUUGAAGGAGGGAGCAAGGCUUCUGUGGAACCAGCAUAUUUGGAGGAAGAAGCUACUCGUACAAGUGAUGGACAGAGGAAGUCGUGCUCGGAUUGUGGAUGCGACUCGGUGUACGGCUCUUUCUUCGGACAGGUGCUCCAUCUCCGUGGCGACCCGACACCCCAACCUGUUGAAGAUGAGCAGGGGAAUAUCUUGUUGUGGAAUGGGGAGGUCUUUGAUGGAAUUGAGGUUCAGGGCCAGAAUGACACCUUGGUUCUGUCUGAGCUCUUACAUGAUGCAAAGAAUGCUGAUGACAUUGUCAAGGUGAUGGGAGCCAUUAGAGGACCAUGGAGCUUUAUCUACUGGCAGGAGAAGAACUCGCGUGUCUGGUUUGGCCGUGACUUCUUUGGAAGACGCAGCCUCCUGUGGCUCGGGGAGGAGCAGUCUGGUGCGAAGACUCUGACCUUUGCCCUUUCGUCUGUCGCCCACAAGACAGAGCCCAAGACAGAGCCCAAGACAGAGCCCUGUGGUAUCCCAGUGGCAUCGGAAUGGAAGGAAGUCCCAGCCAGUGGCAUCUUUUGCCUGGAUGUUGCAUCCUUAGGUUCUGCAACUUCUACUGGAAGAUCAGCUGAAAUUGUAUGGUAUCCAUGGCAACAACCAUCACCCAUGUGUACUCUGACACCAUCUGUUGAGCCUGGGACAAACCAAGAUAGCACUUCUAGUGAUCCAGCUCCUACUCCCAUCAGCCAAGCUGUGACCGUUUCGGAGAAGGUUAGUGUAGGAGCACCAUUUGGUGAUGUUCUGAAGUGUGUCAUGGGGCACUGUUGCCUAGACAACCCGAUCAUCUCACCUCUGAACAUGCAUGUACCAGACCAGACUGCUGCCUCCGGUCCUGACUCUGAGACGAGGGAUGGUGAGGGGGAUGGGGCGAGGGACGGGGAUGCAGUACUUCGUGUGAGCAGAGAAGUCCAGGAGAAGGCCGAUGAACUGAUCAGGGUUCUUGGAGAGGCGGUUCGGAAGAGAGUGACCAAUGUGCCAUUGAGGAGGACUGAGGUGCUUCAAAACAGUCCAGGGCAUCAGUUCCAGGACCUCCACAUACAUCGAACUGAGCCUUGUUCUGAUGAUGGUUUCAGACCAUGCCUAUCUGGUACAGAAACAUCUUCAAGGAUGGUAGAGGGUGCUUGUGAAGCAGCUCACAGAAAAGAAGCAGAAAGGACAAAGUCCAUGUACAAGAAUCAUUUAGACAGUGCCAUCUAUGAUGAUGUGAACAGAGUUCAGAGAAAACCAGGCCAUGAUCCUUCAACUCAGUCGCAUGUAACAAACUACAUCCCUUGUUGCCAUGACAACGACCUAAUUGUAUCCUCGAACCCAUCUCUCGCAUCCAGUGACAGGUGUCCAUCAUCUCCUGCCGACAGCGGGAUGACGGUCUCACCUGGAGUGGGGAGCCACGUGCAUGCUGGGGAUGUUUGUGAGCGCGACGGAGACAUACCAACAUGUAUUACCUCGUCCUCGUGUGCGGUUUGCUGCCCUCGUGGUUCAGGAGAAGAGAGGGAGAGUGGCAGAGUUGGGGUGCUUUUCUCCGGGGGUUUGGAUUCCAUUGUUCUUGCUGCUCUAGCAGAUAGGUAUGUACCUCGGGAAGAACCUAUCGACCUCUUCAAUGUGGCAUUCGAGCAGAGGACUGUUGUUCGGCAAACCAAAGGAAAAGACAAGAAGAAGGAGAGAGGGCCUGAACUACAGAAGAAGAGCUUUGAUGUUCCUGACCGUCUAACGGGCCGAGCAGGUUUAGAGGAGCUCCAAACAAUCAACCCGUCCAGAAAGUGGAACUUCAUAGAGAUUGAUGUCACUUUGGAAUUACUCCAAGCGUUGAGGUCUGAGCAUCUGUGCCAUCUGAUCUAUCCUCAAGACACUGUUCUGGAUGACAGCAUAGGUUGUGCUAUCUGGUUUGCUGCAAGAGGCAGGGGCAAGCUGAUCACCCACAACACUCUCCAAGAGGAGGAACGCUUGGGAGAGCCCUACACCAGUCCUGCCAAGGUGGUGUUAGUUGGCAUGGGUGCUGAUGAGCAGCUGGCCGGAUACGCCAGACACAGGUCAAAGUUCAAGUCUGAAGGCUGGCAGGGUCUCUUAGAAGAGAUCAAGAUGGAGGUGGAUCGCAUCUCAGCUCGCAAUCUGGGGAGAGACGACAGAGUGAUAUCUGAUCAUGGCAGAGAGUCUCGUCUACCCUAUUUAGAUGAAGAUGCCGUCUCCUUUCUCAACAGUCUUCCUAUUAACCUCAAGGCUGAUCUAAAUCUACCAAGAGGGGUUGGAGAGAAGCUUCUUCUACGGGUUGCAGCCCAGCGUCUUGGGCUAGGGGCCUCCUCCAAGCUUCCGAAGAGAGCCAUCCAGUUUGGAUCCAGGAUCGCCAAACUUGAGAACAACAGAGAGAAGGCAUCUGACAGGUGCAGAAGACUGGAACAACAGGUGGAUUGAGGGUUGCAGCCAUUGACUUGGGCUGGGGAUGUCAUCCCAGCUACCAGAGAGAGCCAUCCAGUUUGGAAACUGAAUUGCCAAGCAGGAGAAUAGCAAGGAGAAAGUCUCAAAGCUUCCAAAGAGAGCCAUGCAGUCUGGAUCCAGGAUCGCCAAGCUUGAGAACAACCGAGAGAAGGCCUCUGACAUGUGCAGCAGACUAGAACAACAGGUGGAUAGAGGGUUGGAGCUCAUCGGCUUGGGCUGGGAUACAUCCCAGCUCCCAAUCCUGAAUUGCCAAAGAACAGAGAGAAGGUGUCUGACCGAAGCAACAGACUUGUCAUCAAGGGCAUCAUCCAGGCUACCCAAAAGAGCCAUCCAGUUCAGAUUCUAGAUUACCAAGCUGAGAACAGCAGAGAUGCAGCAGACUGGAACAGCAUGUGAAUUGGUGGAGAAGAAGUUAACAACUAUUGUGUCUGAUACAGGAGGGGAAAAAAAGUGGCAUUUACUUGAUUCAUGCAAUUCAAUGCAGUUUACAAGGUUGCAUAAGGAAUACCAAUUGAACUAACUUUUAAAAUAGAUUGAUGAGGAAAGAAAAUCAAGGGUUUGGAUAUAAUUAUAGUGUAAGUGCAACAAUAAAAAGAGUUUCAAAGAGCACAAAUGUACAUUUCCUGACAUGUAGAAGUAGAAGGAAUUUUAUUUCUUGUGACUUAAACUAAAUUGCCAGAGUUUUGUGAUUCAAAAUUGUCAGAUAAAUGUUUUACUGGAGGGGAAAAAGGUGGAAUUUACUUAUUCACACACACACACACACACACACAAUUAAUGCAUUUUAACAGGUGAAA